AUGACCAGCUCUCUCGACCAGCUCAAGGCCACCGGCACCACCGUCGUGUGUGACUCUGGCGAUUUUGCUUCCAUUGCAAAGUACAAGCCUCAGGAUGCCACCACAAACCUCACCAUCAUCCUCUCUGCCUCCAAGAAGCCUGAAUCUGCUAAACUCAUCGACAAUGCUAUUGCAUACGCAAAGACGCAGAAGGCCAGCCAGGACCUUGACUCACAGGUCGAUGCUGCCCUUGACUGUCUCUUGGUUGAGUUCGGCAAGGAGAUCCUCAAAGUCAUCCCGGGCAAGGUCUCCACUGAGAUUGAUGCUCGCUUCUCCUUCGAUACCAAGGCCAGUGUCGACAAGGCCCUACAUAUUAUCAAGCUGUACGAGGAGCAAGGUAUUCCCAAAGAGCGCAUUCUAAUUAAAAUCGCCUCUACAUGGGAGGGCAUUAAGGCCGCCGAGAUCCUUCAACGCGAUCACGGCAUUAAUACUAACCUGACUAUGCUCUUCUCCCUACCCCAGGCCAUUGCCGCUGCAGAGGCUGACGUUUUCCUAAUCUCCCCUUUCGUUGGCCGUAUCCUCGAUUGGUACAAGGGUAACACCAAAAAGGAGUAUACGAAGGAGAACGACCCUGGUGUUGAGUCUGUUAAAACUAUCUUCAACUACUAUAAAAAGUUUGGCUACAAGACCGUUGUUAUGGGUGCGUCCUUCCGUAAUACCGGCGAGAUUACAGAGUUGGCCGGCUGCGACUACCUGACCAUUGUCUCCGGUUUGCUCGAGAGUCUGCACAACUCCAAUGAGCCCGUCCCCAAGAAGCUGGACGCCUCUACCGCCAGCUCGCUUGAGAUCGAGAGGAAGAGCUACCUCUCCGAUGAGUCUCUUUUCCGCUUCGACCUCAACGAGAACAAGAUGGCCGUGGAGAAGUUGCGUGAUGGUAUCAGUGGGUUCGCUGCGGAUGCCGAAGCCCUCAAGGAAAUACUGAAGAGCAAAAUCCAAGCGCAGAGUUGA